AUGGCUUCCCACAUAGAGAAAAUCACUUUGGGUGUUAGCAAGAUAUUAGAGUCAUCUCCCGGAGUGACGGAUGUAAAGUUUGAGGCCAUUCCUCCUGCUGAACGUCAUGCGAUUGUCUCCUGGGAGCAGAAACAUAAAUGUACAUUACCGGAAGAUUUGAAGAACUUUUAUUUAAUGACCGAUGGCUUCCUGAUGUCCUGGUCGGUGAAAUUGGAUGACAGUCCCAUCCAGGUGGGCUCUAUGGUCAUUAACAGCAUUUCCAGUCUGACCCGGCUGAGAUCAGCCUCUGCCUAUUCUUUGCCGAACUCACCGACGUUGGAUGACCUAGAUGGCGGCUCGGACGAGGAAGGUACACGACAUCCCGAUCGGCCACAUUUUAAUUCCAGGAACAUGAUAUUUGAACUAGACCCAUGUAAUGGGAAUGGGAAGGUGUGCCUGGUUUACAAGACUUCCAAACCAGAGGUGACACCGGAGCCCAACAUCUGGUUCCUAGACCGCGCUCUGUACUGGCAUUUUCUUACAGACACCUUCACAGCUUACUACCGGCUACUCCUAUGUCACCUGGGGCUGCCACAGUGGCAGUAUUCCUUCACCAGCUACGGCCUCAGCCCACAGGCCAAGCAAUGGAUGAACAUGUACAAACCCAUCACCUUCAACCCUUCCACGCUGUCUGAGGAUCCUGAAGCUUUCAUCAACAAGCUGGACCCAAAUAAGAUCUUCAAGGCUAAAAACAAGACUCCGGUGACAAAGAAAAAACUUCUCGGCUCACUAGCAGGCCAGAAAUCAAAUCUCACCCCUUCCAAAUACCCGGCCUCAUCAGGGACGGCAACGCGAAAAUGA